CUCUGCCUUUUGCACAUGUAUAUAAUCCCUUAGUUGACCCAGAAAAUAAGAUCUGUUUCAGGAAACGAAGUGGAAGGGUAUGAGGCCAGCGCGCUGGAAUAUCUUCUGUAAUCCCUUGAUCGCCGUAUGAAGAAACAAGAGUGAUACGAAACUGACACUGAACUUUGAAACAAGACCACAAAGCUACUGAAGAAAUGUCCGACCAGCUAAUGUUGCCAAUGGGUCACGGUCCUGCUAGUGGGGGCCUGCACCGGCACAGAAUGGGCGUGAACCCGGCGCAGCCCGGAUUCCGCGGCCUACCCAACGGCCAGAUGAUGCACUACGGCAUGGGUCCCCAGAACAACAUGGAGGUGCCGAUGAGACAGUGCUCCAUCCCUGCUAUAAACAGACAGACUGGUCACCCUCACCAGAUGCCAGGCAACAUGAUGUACAGCAGCCAGAACCUCCAGCAGCAGAACCACGCACAUCUACACCAGCAAGCCCAGAACCACGCACGGAUGCAGCAGCAGCAGCAGCAGCAGCAGCAACAGCAACAGAACCUCACACACCAGCACCCGAACCACCCCCCGAACCAGCACCAGUACCUGCCCGAGGGCCUCCCUUCCCAGCCGCUCAUGGCCAGCAUGCACCUCCAGAAACUCAACACCCAGUACCAAGGGCACCCGCUCCUGCCCCUGAAUGGGAAUCACAUCAGCAACAGCGCCCCCUACAGGCUGGCCUCGGCGCAACGGGCUAGCGUGCAGCAUGUAGCAGUACCGACGCUAGGCCUGAGCUUCAUCGACACAGACUUGAUAGACGAGGAGGUGCUGACCUCCCUGGUGAAGGAGCUGGGUCUGGAGCGUGUGCAGGAGCUCCCAGAGCUCUUCCUAGGACACAACGAGUUUGACUUCUUCUCGGACUUUGUGUGCAAGCAGCAGCCAGGCGCUGUGAGCUGCUGAGUAACGAGGCCGAGCCCUCGUUUUGGGGUUGAGCGCAAACGCUGGUGAAUGUUAGCGUUAGCGAAGCGUGUUAACGUUAGCGUUAGCAUUAGCGUAGCCUGCGUUCAGAGCACGUGGGGGUGGCGACAAUCUUUCUGUUCUGUUUGCACAUUUGCAUGUGUUACACGUCCUUUGCGUUUGUCAGAUUCAGUCAAACGGUCUGAUCUGUCUUACUGCAGCACUGGUGGUGUUUGUAGUUUUUCUAUAAGCUCCAGGACCGAUAGUGCCUGGCUGAAUGUGACAUCACCCUGCGAGAUUCAGAACAGACAUUGCUUUCUCUCAUCUUGGACAUUUUAACUCUUAUUUAUUUUUAUCAUGAGCUUGUGUGCUCUGAAAAAAUGCCAACAAUUUGGAGCCUCCAUCUGGAAUUGCUACUGGUUUUGGUAGGGACGGUUAAGGGGGGGUGUGGUGUCGGUCUUUCAAGAUGUUUUUGAGUCAAGUUGGGUUUGCUCUUAAACUGGUUUAUAAUUAUCAAUCCCAUCUAAGGAAUAUACUUUCAGACUCAACAAGAAUAGCCAUUUCUUUGAUGGCUCCUUGCAAAAGUACAUUUUCGCCCCCUACUGGAAAAAAAAAAAAAAAAAAUCAAAAACGUGCUGUUUUUUAUUUUUAUUUUUGGGGC